CGUGGACAACUGACAGCCAACCACAGUGUUCACGUGCCCACCACCGAGAAAAGGGAAACCGAAAUGCUAUGAUCUCCCUCCCUCCCUCCUGUUUCGAAAUUAAUGUAGGGCACCGUCUCCUCCUCCUCCCAAAAGAUAAAUACUCCGCGUUAAUAAUAGAAAGGGAGAAACUAGGGGCCGGGGCCGGGGCCGGGGCGGGGCGGGGGAGAAUAAAUAAAUCCAAAAACCCUAACCGUUGAUCUCGAUUGAUGGCGGAAUUGGAGCAGGAGGAGGAGGAGGGGAAUCAUAGAGAUCAGCUUGACGGAGGAAUGACGGUCCUUGAUUUUGAUAUGCUGUGCGCUACUGUGGCGCUUCAAACGCAUGGGGUUUCGAGGAAAGCGGAGGGGGGAUUUGAGGGGGAAUUCGGGGGAGUUCAGAGGAUGUGGGAAGGAGAAAUUCUUGAUUGCCUCCAGGAUAGGAGGAUUGCGGUUCAAUCCGUUUGUUGCCCGUGCUAUAGAUUUGGGCAGAACAUGAGGAGGGCCAACAUUGGACCCUGCUUUCUUCAGGGUUCAAUCUAUUUUAUCCUUGUAAUGGCUAUUCUAUCCUGCUUCAUUGCAUUUGGCGUCACCAGACAGCAUUGCUAUUUAUACAUUGGAUUUUCUUUUGCCUUCUCAUUAGGACUGUAUGUGGGUUAUUUUCGUAUUAGGAUCAAGAAGCAGUUUAACAUUGGGGGGAGUGACAGUUCGUUAGAUGAGUGUGCCUACCAUCUCAUUUGUCCAUGCUGCGCGCUCUCCCAGGAGUCCAGAACGCUGGAGAUGAACAAUGUUCAAGAUGGUGUUUGGCAUGGCAGGGGAGAUACAAUAUGUGUUGGAAGUUUCGGAGAAGGGAGCAAAGAAUUUUCUGCUCUUCAUAAGCCGUCUUUGAUGACGAUGGAUGGAAUGUCAGAUGGAGGCAAUCAUUCAUGGAAUGGGGAUCCCAGCCAUUCGGAACCUCUGGUUGCAUCGAUGCAAACAGGACAGAAAUCCUAGGGGAUUGUGAUUUGUAUCUGGGCGUCGUCGGCUGAGGAAAAUUUCAUGAUUAUCGAGUGAAUGAGUUGCUUCCUGUUUUCAGGGACUGAUGUUUUUCGGAGAGGUCUGAAAACCGGCGCAUUCAAACAGGGGACAACACGUUGUGAUGUUAAUUUCAGGUUGAAGUUGUUGGAAGGGCAAGAAGUUUGGCCCUCGUCCUGCUUAAAUUUUAUGAAUUGUAUAUAUCGCGCAGCAUAUUUGAUGUCUCCAAUCGUGUACUGAGAAAGCUUUCACUGGUUUCAACGUUCUUGAUCUGCA